UCGCGCGCGCGCUGCUGGAGAUACCACGGGCGUGCGCGCUCGCGACGGGUUAAAUGCAGCUGUGACCGUUGUCGGGCCGCGCACGCGCGCCGUCUGUGAUGUCACGCGGGCGCGCGGGUUAAAUGCUCCGUCCGGUUGGCGGGCCGCGCGCACGCGGCCUGUCGACGCAGCUGCAGCCUCGGUAUUGUCCUGAGCCGAAGCUCGGGUCGACUCUCUGCGGGUCUGAGCGCCGCCACCAUGAGCAAACGGAAAGCGCCGCAAGAAACGCUGAAUGAAGGGAUCACCGACUUCCUCAUCGAGCUGGCGAACUUUGAGAGGAAUGUGAAUCGAGCGAUGCAUAAGUACAAUGCUUACAGGAAAGCAGCUUCAGUUAUAGCAAAAUAUCCAACAAAAAUCAAGAGUGGUGCAGAAGCUAAAAAGCUGGAAGGUGUUGGUGACAGGAUUGCAAAGAAGAUUGAUGAGUUUCUAGCGACAGGAAAGUUGCAGAAACUGGAAAAGAUUCGUCAAGAUGACACCAGUUCAUCUAUUAACUUUUUAACAAGAGUGACUGGAAUAGGACCUGCAGCGGCAAGAAAGUUUGUGGAGGAAGGAAUCAAAACUUUGGAUGAUCUCAGGGAAAAUGAACACAUACUCAAUUAUCAUCAGCGGAUUGGCGUGAAGUAUUUUGAGGAUUUUGAAAAGCGAAUUCCUCGGACAGAAAUGGUGAAAAUGCAGGCGAUAGUUCUGCAGGAGGUGGAAAAGCUAGAUCCGAAAUAUAUCGCCACUGUUUGUGGCAGUUUCCGACGAGGUGCUGAGUCCAGUGGUGAUAUGGAUAUUCUUCUGGCUCACCCAGACUAUACUUCAGAAACAGUAAAAAGACCAAAGCUGCUUAAUAAAGUUGUGGAGUGCCUGGAAGCAAUAAAUUUUGUCACCAACACACUUUCCAAGGGAGAUGCCAAAUUCAUGGGUGUCUGCCGAUUGCCAGAUGACAGUGAUGGCAGCGAUUAUCCAUUCAGGAGAAUUGACAUUAGGCUUAUUCCAAAAGAUCAGUAUUUCUGCGGUGUGCUUUAUUUCACGGGCAGUGAUCUUUUUAACAAGAACAUGCGGACCCAGGCGUUAGAGAAAGGCUUCACCUUGAAUGAGUACACUAUUCGCCCACUGGGAACCACAGGAGUCCCAGGGGAACCACUGCCUGUGGAAAGUGAAAGAGACAUUUUUGAAUAUAUUGAAUGGAAAUAUCGAGAACCGAGAGAGCGAAGUGAGUGAAUGUCCAUGAAGAUCAAGCUGAGAAGCUCCAAACAUUCAGUAUGUGUGAGAAUCUGAUGAUCCUGAUAAGUGAAGAACUGAGUGAAAAAUUCCAGAAAGAAUUCUCCAUUCAUUUACUCAUUACCUGUAAUGCAUAUAUGGAUGGUAUAUAGUGGCUGAGCUUUACAUGUUGAGAUCAGCUUUUGUAUAAGGUGCAGGAAAAGCAAUAAAACACAUUCAGGAUACUUUGGUGCAGUAUUUAAUAAGGAAUGAAAAAUAAUAAAUACAAAUAUUAUACAUAAUAAUUGAUUGUAAAACAAGCAAGAUGGAAGGUAUGUACUGGUUGGGUAACCUCAAACUCUGCGAACUACAAUGACGUUCACAAUUAGACCUUUUCCAAACAUAGAAACAAUACCCAGUAGCUAAUUUGAAUAAUGAGAACAGUAUGUAGAUUAUAUAUUUAAUUGAUUAUUGCAAAGCCAAUAAAUCUUAGUGUCCUAUUUGUUACUAGGCCUGUGUGCAAUGUAAUCUAGCAAAAAAGAUGCAUGUGUUACUAUGUAUUGGUAAUAGACUGUCAGUCGUUCUUAACUGGUUAAUAUGGAUGCUCUGUUUAGAGAGUAAUACUAUGCUCUCACCUGCCUGUGUCUUGAGUUUGGAAGCUGUAGCUUACCUGCAGUAGUGCUUGGCACACAGCUUCUAAACACCAUUCAGCUUCUAUGUAGAGUGCAAACUAUUUCUGGGUUAUUUAGUUAUAUUUAAACUAUUUCUUAAUCAGUUCCGGAUGUUAUAGGAUAUUGCAUUAAAAAUCGGGUGAUUUAGAAUUAGAUUUUUGACGUUAGUGCAGAAUUGCAGUUUAAUUUUAUUGUGUCCUUAAAAAUGUGGAUAUACUGGACCUAUUCCACAGGUGAAUUUCAGCUUUCAUUACACAAUAUAACUUUGAAGUUAAUAAAGUUUCAGAAGAGCAGUCUAACUUAUUUAUGUGUGGACAUUUUUACAAGAUAAGGGAGUAGUCAUUUAAACCUGAGCAGUGUAGGAAUUUUUGUGAUGAAAUCUCUUGAGUUCUCUGCCCCAGAGAGUUAUGGAGGCUAGAUCAUUAGUUAUUUAAAGAGUAGAAUUUCUGAAAGAUUGAGCAACUGAAACUAUGUGGAAGUGGCUGAGAAGAGCAGUAGAGACCUGGGACAGCCAGCCAUGAUCAUUUCGAAUGGCAGAGUAGGCUUGAGGGGCCCAAUAGCCUACUCCUGCCUACUUUCCUUUGUCCUUCUAUUCUUUUAUUAUAAUGAAAAAUGAUCCUAAUGUAUAGAGUCAUAGUCAUAGAAAAGUACAGCACAGAAACAGGCCCAUCUAGUCUAUGCUGAACCCAUUUAAACUACCUACUUCCAUUGACUGGCUAUUCGCCAUUCUCUGAGUCCUCUUAAACCUCCUAUCCCUUCACCUAAUUUUAUGUUCUCUUGUUUUUAUACACUUACGUUCUGGAGAAUGGUGUUCUAUGAUCUGCUCUAUCUGUAAUCUACCCUACAUAAUGUUAUCUGCUUCAGCCAUAUCCCGCUUAAUUUCCUCUGCACCCUCUCUGGCAUUGUCCUCUUUGAGAGGCCAAGUAAUAAAAAAAAAUCAGGAGAUUGCAAAGAUAGUGUGAUUUUGAUCAGUCUUCAACAAUGAAAAAGAAUAGAAACGUGGAAAUCCUAAUGAAGGGUCUCAGCCCAAAAUGUCAACAAACCCCUCCAUAAAUGCUGCCUGACCUGCUGAGUUCCUCCAGCAUGUAGUGUGUGUUGCUGUAGCUUUCCAGCAUCUGCAGAAUCGCUUGUGUUUGUGAAACACGAUGAAUGACAGACUGAGUGAACGAUAAUGACCACGGCAGUUUUUCUGCCAAAUUGCUUGCUUGUUCAGUCAGUGUCAUUAGUUGUUGGGCUUGCAGAUUUGGAAGCCACUUAAACUUUUGUAGUUUCAUCUUUGUGGCUGGAAAUAGUAAAGUCUGUAUUUUAAGAAGCUUGAGAGACAUAGUUCAAAAUUGAGUUAAACUCUGUGAAAUAUACCCAGAAAUCUUGAAAUGCUAUCUGAGAUUUGGCAAAUUAUUAACCCAGUACAUGCAUCAGAAUUUCCAAGUUACAUGUAAGUAAUAGAUAUGUGUUGGUUUUCCAGUUUGAUAGAUCUUUAAACAAUGGACUGGUCUGGGGCUGAGGAUAAAUUCUAACUAGAUAUUGGAUGAUUAAAUUGAAGAUCACAGAGGGGAAGCAGUGAGAGAGAGUCUCACUGAGCUCCCGUUGAAGAGAAGAUUUAACCUUCUUCAGGGUAGGCAAUACCCUGAAAAAGUUUAAAUCCUGGUGAAGGGUUUUGGCCCGAAAUAUUAACUAUUUAUUCCCCUCCAUAGAUGCUGCCUGACCUGCUGAGUUCCUCCAGCAAUUUUGUUUGUGCUGAUUUCCACUAUCUGCAGAAUCUCUUGUGUUUUAAAUUGGAGAUAAUCUGUUUUGUCUGUAGGACUUCUGUUGGAUACUUUCUUCAGAGUUUGGAUAUACAAGAGGCUGAAGACAUUAUAACCUGGAGCAACUGAUUGGAGGAACUCAAUGGGUCAAGUGUCAGUACAGGUGCAGAGUCUCAGUCUGAAAUGUUGACCAUCCCUCUGCCUCCACAGAUGCCACCUGACCUGCUGAAUUGCUCCAGCAGUUUGCUUUUCAGAAACAAGAUGAGGCCUUGAAACCUCUGUCCUUAAGUUAAGCAAUUUAUGUUCAAGCUGGCGUUCAAGCAAUUAUGUUAGUAAUUUGGUUGCAGUUAAUAAUUGUUUUGGUCUCAAAGUUUAAAUUAAAAUAUGCUUAUUUAGAACUAAUUGAAAAUGUUCAAUUCAGGUACUGUAUAAUCAGAACAUGAGCGAUUAUACAUUUUAGAUUUGGUUCAGAACUAUUUCCUAAUGGAAUAAAAAAUGCGAAGUGAAAAAUUCUGCCAGUUUCUGAACUUACUAUAUGAAUGAUUUCUUUCAUAUUUUAAGGAUUGUGUUCCUUUAAAAAAAACAUUAAACUCAGCAAACUUAUAAAUUGUCUGCAGUUCCCCUAUCUUUUCUCCUCUGGUAUAUGUGUCAGUGUACUGUUUCAUGGAGGUUGUUGUUUUUAAUUUUUACAAUAUUUGCAAAGUUGCUCGAAGAAAUAACAACAUGAUUUAAUUGCCUGUUUUGGGAGCAAUUUGUUUCACUGUGCUUUAAAAAAAAUACAUUUGUUUUUGUUAUUACUUUUGGGUGGUUUUUGAACCGGGGCAGUCUGCAGAUAAAGAACACUGAGUGGAAAUGAACUGAACUGAAAUGAAAUAUGCCUUUUGAUUUUGUGUUUUGUAUUCUGUGUUUUUGCCCUUUUUUGUUGCCGUAAGCGCAAUUUUUUUGCUCUGGGAAGGGGAUUUGAUAUUUGAUAUUUUUCUUUGAACAGGUUGGUUCCAUAGUUCUUCAUUGUUUCGUGACUGUCUGUGGGGAAGACAAAUUUCAGGGUUGUAUACUGCAUACAUACUUUGAUAAUAAAUGUACUUUGAAUCUUGGAAAAUAUCUUUUCAGUUAAUAAAAUAUUAAUUUGAAUUAAAA